AAAUUUCAUAUUUACCAAAUUGAUUUCAUAAUUCAUAAAAAUUUGCUAGGUUCUCAUGUCAUAAAGACUUCAGAAAUUUGCAUGUUAUGAGGACUUGCUACUAUAGGUUCUCAUGAAAAUUCUCUUAUUAUUAUUCUGCAUCUGGUGUUCUAGUUUCUCAAAUAGGCACCAUGAGCUCUGGUCCAUUCUUCCGUGGUGUUGGAAUUCAACAUUCUAGUUCAAGAGGCAGAAGUAGGCCUCCUAAUGCAAGAGGAAAUUCAAGUCACAGGGGACUUGCCUCAGGCUCCAAUUAUUAUCCUGCAUCAGGUGUACCAGUUUCUCAAAUAGGUGCCAUGAGCUCUGAUCAAUUUGUUGGAAUUCAACAUUUGAGUUUGAGAGGCAGAAGUAGGCCUCCUAAUGCAAGGGGAAAUUCAAAUCACAGGGGACCUGCCUCAGGCCAAUUUCUUGAUGUUGCUGAUGUUGUAAAAAUGUUAUGUGCAAUACCUCAGCAUGCAAUUCCAGCCAUGGUGAUAAGUUCUCGUCUGAACUGUACUGGACAUGCGUUAAAAUGUGUUACUGAAAGAUUCAAGCAUUUUCUCACAAGUGUUGAGACUCCAUCUGGUAUCAUGAUUGAACUCAAACCCCAUGUUAAACUUUGUCAAGAAUACAUCAAACCUUCUGGCUGCUCUGCCACACCUCACUGCAAAAAACUUCACAUCUGCCAUGAGUUUACCUACGGGACUUGCCGUGAACAUGACUGUGAGUUUGGACAUCGAUGGAAAACAAUUCAUAAUGAGAAUGUUUGGAAAUACUUUUUUCUUGGAGAUGUGUGUGAACUUGUUCUAGAAUCUAUCAUGAAAAAACACAGAAUGCAGGACAGUAGUCCUAAAGUAUUUGUGUGCAAGAUGUAUAAUGAUCACUGUUGUGUUGAUUUAUAUGCUUGCAAAAAUUUGCACAUCUGCCAAAGGCUCUUUGAAGGAGAAUAUUGUUGCAAAAACGACAAUUGUUCUCUAAAUCACAGCAUUGUAUCUAAUCAGUGCUUAUCUGUACUUGACAAAGCUGGCAUCAACACCAAUGAUAGCCCUAGAGAUCUUUUAAAAUGUGUUCAAAAUUUGAUGAAUCAGGUCAAAGGCUGUCAUGCUAGGCAUGAAAAAGCAAAAACCCAAAUACUAGAUGACUUUCAAACCUUGCAAGAUCAAGAGAUCAAGGUAAAAGAAAUCGUUUCAAGUCUGCUUGUGGCUCCUGGAUUCUGGAGUUCUGUAUCUACCCUGUCAAAACGCCUAGAAAUGAGCGAUACCAAUCUGCAAAAGCUUAUAAAUCAUUACUAUUUUCUGUUCGUGAUUUACCAAAAGUCAAGUGAAGAAUGCCUUGUGAAGCUGCAGCCACGCAUGGCUCUGUGCCACUUUUACUCAGCUACUUCCAAAUGCCGAAAUGGAUCGUCGUGCAGCUUCCUACAUUUUUGUGGUGCUUUCAUGAGUGGAAUUUGUGAAGAUGAUGAUAACUGCAGUCAGAUUCACUACAUGACUGAACAGCCCAAUGAUUCGAUUCUGAGAAAAGCCUUCUUGAAUGGAGUCCCUUUGGGACUCCUUCUACCAUACCUAAAGAUCCGAUUUUGUGCUCCUAAAGUUCCUUUCAUCUGUUUCCCUUACAAUGAAGAUGAAUGCCAUAAUUCUGACUGUAAUGAUCUCCAUCUAUGCUACGACUUCCUCUUCACUCAGAAACCUUGCAAGAAUGACUGUACCAAGAACCAUGAUGUGUUGUCAUAUAAUAUCUUGCCUCUUCUUGAAAAGAAUGCCAUUGAUUCUCUGCCUGUCAGUGAGCUUAUUGGUCUCCUAUCUGCAAGAAUUUCUCACUGGCCAAAACGCGACAGCAAAUCCGCUUCCUUGUCUGAAAGUGAAGGCCAAGUAAAUUGUGAGGAAAUUUGCGUUGAGCAUCUUUCAUCUCAAUGUCAACUUGGCAGUAAAUGCCCUAAACUUCAUUCUCAGUGUGGUGCACAGUGGCAGUUGUUCAAAGAUGGCAUCUGGUUUAACUUCUCACCCCCUCAUUCAAAAACAAUUGAGCUGUCAUACAGGGAUGUCAACAAAGACUCGGUAACAUUGAAGUCCCAAAUCUAUGACAAAACUAAAGAUCAAAAAGAAAAAUUGGCUUGUAUGAAAGAAGAUGGGCUUGUUAUCGAGUUCGAGAAGAUGACUUUAACUACAAAGAACAGAAGUUUCAAGCUAAAUGUGCAAAGAAUUUCCACUCCAUCAUCAGCAGCUUCCAAGUCUGAAUUUGCCACAGUGUAUGGUUGGUAUUUCAAAGAUGUAAACGAUGCUUGGAUUGAGUAUGGUGAGCGUGACAGUGCCGGAUCUGUGUAUCGCACGCAGAAUAAAUCUAUUGACAUUGAAGUGCCUUACCUCAAAAAUGACCAAGGCAAGGUUAACUUGAACGGGAAUCACUUCACAUAUACAUUGGAUUUUGCGAAUAUGACCCAAAAAAAUGACAAGACAAGUACCGAAAGAAGCGUUUGCCGGAGACCAAAACAAUUAGUUGCGGAGUAUGCGAAGAAUGUUGAUCCCUUUAACUUGAAAAUGACCAGUUCUUCCUCGAGUUCAUCAUCAUCAAAUCCUGCCAAGGCAGCCCUUGUUGACACGGGUAACAGCGUGCCUGCUGGUGACUAUCCUAGCUACUGGGAUCAGAUGCAAGGCGACGGCCUUGAGCCUGAGCUGUUCCUCGUCAACUUGGCAUCCAAUGAAGGCAUCGCAGUAAUUGCUGAUAUUCUGAAGAACAUGCCUAAUGCCCAAGUGACAAGCAUCCGUCGUCUGCAAAACACCUUUCACUACGAUCGCUUCGAGAAUCGCAUGAAGCUUUUACAGGCCCGAGAGAAGUCAAACCAGCUCAACAUUCAACGCUUGUACCACGCCACGAGGGAGGUGCAUCUAGACAGCAUUAGUAAACAUAACCUCCAAUGGCGGCAAGACUUUGCUGACUCCGGCAAAAAGUUCGGGCGUGGCGCCUACUUUUCCAACAACGCUUCAUUGGCGUAUCAGCUGGCAUGUAACCUGCGCGGCGAGGACACCUCGAGCCCUGUGGUGCUGGUGGUUGCCAAGGUUUUCGUGGGGUCUGUGGUUGAAGGCACCUCAGAAAUGAAGCUACCGCCUCUGCGCAGCGACGGUCGGCCUUAUGACACUACUGUCGACAACCUCCUCAUACCUUCUAUCUUCGUCAAAUACGAUGACAAGGAGUUCUUACCGCUCUACUUUGUUUCAGUCAAAGUUUAAACUCUUGCACGCAUUACUUCACAUGAAGUUUUAAUUCAAACUUACCCAAUACUUUUGUAGUCUUUUUCACAAUUGACCUCUAAAAUCUCUUGAUUCUUGAUCACUUGAUUUUUUUUUUUUGUGCUUGUAAAGUCUUUCUCGCAUUAUUCGAAUUAUUGCGUGUUUUGUUAUUAACCAAGUGUAUUAAUUUUAGCUUCCAGCUUAUACUGAUGGAUUUUAGUGCACCACAAGUUCCACUGGAGAUCCUAUUACUACAAAUGGUUUGUUUAUUUUGUGUGGAUGAUUCAGGCCUGAGUUUUUUUUUUCUCCCGUUGAGUUGUAAAUUUGAUGGUGGUGCUUACUGCGUCAUAUACAGUGUUAUUAUUAUCAGUAUAAACGAUAUCUAAUGUGCCUUACGUUACAAAUAUUGGGGAUUUAUGUAUUUCUAUACUUGACGUUGUCCACGUCUAAAGUUUUUUUAGCCUUAAGAAAACUUGUUGACGGUAUCUUAUCACCGUUUUUUAUCACUGAAAAUAGCAUGGUUCCAGAAAUCAUCAAGCACCCUGAAAUAAUGGUCGAAAUUAUUUUUAUAACCAGACGAAGGAUAUUAUUAUGUAAGCAAGUCAUUUAUUAGCAUGUGCAACUUAGUGUUAUGGUUCACGCUCGUUACUUAAUACCACUUUUUUACUGCACCAAAAGUGUGCAGUACAUAAUUCCGUAUGCCACAACUUCUAUUACACUGGGUACUGAAUCAAAAUACCAAGUACCUUUAUUUAGUUAUGACGAGCAACAUCACAAUGCAUUUCUAAUGUUUUUAUGAAGCGACACAUAGGAUUUUAUAUGAUGCAAAAUAUAAUGGGCAAAAAAACAGAAGAAUAUUAGAUGGUUAGCAUUUAAUUCAACGAAUUUAACGUGGCAGUUUUCAUAUUCAUUCCAAGGGGUGAAAAUAAUCUAUUUACCUUUGACGAAAAAGCCCCAUUAUUGACUAGAACAUCCAUCUGAAGCAUUUAUUCCUCUCUGUUCUCACGUGGAGUUUUCCGCAUUGCGUCACCGUUGAGAUAAGAGUAUAUUCUGAGCGAUAAAAUUUUCGUCGACGCGCAACCACGAAUUUCUAUCUCUAUUGCCAGUAUGUGAGCUUGAGCUCUUGGCUUAGUGGAAUCUUUCUGAAUUUUUUAAUAGAUACUUCUUUUUGCCAGCGAUGAUUUGCAAAAUAAAUUUAAAAUAUGGUAUGUUCUUCCGCUGAAGUUUUGUCCCAUCAGUAACCUAGUUGAAUUUUUCUUGAUUAAUGCGUCAAUUGAAAAGGUUCACGCCCUGUUACGGGAAUUUCUGUUUGCUCUGCAAGGGUUACAAGCCCCAGUUUCCAUGAGGUUUCGAUCGGGACUUUGUUACGAUUCGGAAUUUCCUAUUUUAUUUCUGUGCCCUACUAAUUUAGCCAAUAAAUUGGAGGAAAUGUA